CAUAGUUGGGUUACAUAAUGUCUUCGAACUCCACUAUCUCUAGGUAUAGUGCUGAGCUUACCCGGCAGGAGCAACCCUUGUAUCAUUACUUGCUGAGUGAGACCAGCUGGCUCUAGUAACAGCGAAGACAAAGUGUUUCCCUGGACAUAAAUAUCAACUCAUGGUCUAUACACACCAAGAACAAACUUUAAAUAUAUACCGUGUCUUUUAUCCCAUCUACUGCUACAGUUCGCGCCCAAUCUAUCUGUCUAUUAAUCUCACACUGAAAAGUAUUAUGGCUUUCUAUCUUCCACAGGACCAAGGUGUAUUACCAUACUUUCUACUCCUCAACGCCAUCAUGAGUUUCUACAACUCCGCCCAAUGUUUUCUCUCCCUGCCCGGCACCCGAAAACUUUUUUUCGGCCCACAUUCCACCAUUCCCUCUUCCUCUUCCUCUUCCACAUCCCCUAAAACCACCUCCCCAUCUUCUCAUGAAGCAACCGCCCUCUUUGCCCGCACCUUCGGCUGCUACACCCUUGUGAGCGGUAUGCUCCGUUUGAUAACAGCAUAUAAUCUUUCCUCUCCUGAACUAUAUUUCCUUACUUUAUGGGCUUAUGUGGUGAUAGCAGGCUUCUGGGGAAUGGAAUGGUUGUAUUUCGGGACUGUGGCUUCUGGACCUGCGUUAUGCGCGAGUAUUGUUAUAGAUGGAGGGGGGGUUGUUAUGAUGUUGUGGGGAUGGGGUAAGUAUUAGGGGUUGAGAUUUCGAGAGCAGAGAAUGUGAUGUGAAGGGGAGAAAGCUUGUUUUUACGACUUAUGAUUGUAUGUGUUAAUGUUUCAAGAAAUGGAACGAUCCACUGGUGCAAAAGUUGUACCAUGUGCUUAUAAUCAGAU